GGUGUGUAUAGCUGUGAGAGCUGGCGCUUGCCUGUCAGAUGAGCGUGUGUGGAGGCCGACCUGUGGCCAGUGAUACAGGACGGGACUGUUGGAGGGCAAAGUUUAUAGAGCAGCCUGAACAUCCAGCUCUUAUCUCCCCCAGAGGACACACAGACAGACAGGCUGCGGAGAGACGCUGGAUCGGUGUGUGGGACACAGCAGCAUGUAGCCAGGACUGAAGACAUCUGCUUGAUCUCUCUCCGCCGUGGCCCUCUGUCUGCUCCGCACUGAUCCGAGCCCCGGUGACCCGCUGGAGCCAUGGGUGGGAGUCUGGGCUGCCACCGCUCCAUCCCCAGGGACCCCACAGACUUCAGCUGCGGUAAGCGCAAAUUCAGCGCCGCCUGUAACUUCGGCCACAUCCUGGUGAACCAGGAGCGGCUAAACAUCAACACAGCCACCGAGGAGGAACUCAUGACUCUACCGGGAGUCAACCGCACCGUUGCGCAGAAUAUUGUGGAGUACCGGGACUGUAUCGGUGGGUUUAAAAAGGUGGAGGACCUGGCUCUGGUGAGCGGGAUCGGGGCAACCAAACUGGAGGUGAUCAAACUGGAAAUAUGCGUCUCUAGCAGGACCAGUUCCUCCCAGCACUCCCCGUCCUCCCUGCGCAAAGACCUGGAGUCGUGCACCGGGAUGAACAUUAACACCGCCACACCGGCGCAGCUCAUGAGCAUCCGAGGCAUCACGGAGAAGAUCGCCAAGAAUAUCGUAGCCUACCGGGCGGAGCACGGCCCGUUCAAGAGCAUCGAGGACCUGGUGAGGGUCAACUACAUCAACAGCUCCCUGCUGGACAAAAUCCGCUUCCAGGUGUUCGUGGAGCGCUCCAGGGCGCCGUCCACCAACACCAACGGAGGGCUGACCUGCACAACCAAGUCACACCCCAGCCCGACCUCUUUCAGUCUCAGGAGCGACGACUUGGACCUCCCGCCCGGAGGACCGACCCAGAUCAUCUCCGUGAGGCCCAACGUGGAGCCCCCGCCCGGCUUGCGGGACGGGAAGCCCGUGGUGCGUCUGGCCACCUGGAGCCUGCAGGGCUGCUCCUGCGACAAGGCCAACAACCCGGGGGUCAAGGAGGUGGUCUGCAUGACCCUGCUGGAGAAUGAUGUCAAGUUACUGGCGGUGCAGGACCUGCUGGAGCGGGAGGCUCUCGAUAAGUUCUGUGCGGAGUUAAACCAAGGAACGCUUGCCAGCGUACGGAAGUGGAAAUGGCCACGGGGUCUUUGGAAAAGUGUUGUGUCUGAAAAACCCACUGGACACUCCAGCAAGGGAGUGAGCUACUCUGGCUUUCUGUGGGACGCCUCGUCUGGUAUUGACCUGAAGGAUGCUGCAGUCCUGGAGUCUCCUGUUGUCAAUGGCAACGGACAUCAUACCCACCCUCGACUCUAUCUGGCCCACUUUUCUGUUGGUGCAUAUGAGUUGACUGUGGUGAACGUUCACAUGCAAGCCACGGCUACAUCGGGAGAGUCCAAUGGCAAGAACCACAACACAGAUGAAGCCAGGUGUCCGCACCUUUCCCCUAGCAUCCAGGAAACACUCAAAGGUGAGAAGGAGCUGGUGGUACUGGGAGAUUUUGGCUCCCCUCCUCAGAGCUCAGAGCUGGACAUACUGAGAAAAGAGAAGCUCUUUGCCCUGGUACCGUCCUCCCUGUUCACCAACAUCAGCACCCGCUCACCACAGGGCACCCGCUGUCUGGACAACAUCUGGCUGAGCCGCUCCCUCAAGAAGCUCUAUUCUGGCCACUGCUCGGUAGUGCGAGAGGGCUUGACCAACCCCUGGAUCCCAGACAACUGGUCAUGGGGCGGUGUGGCGUCAGAUCACUGCCCUGUGGUGGCUGAGUUUUAUGCAGAUGUACCCCAAAAGGAACUGAACCGGCCUGGUAUGGCAGUGGUGGACAGAGGAGACAUUAUGCCCAAACAUGAGCGGUGACAACAUCCACAGUCACAUUAAAGACAGCAGUGGAUGACAUCAGACUUUGUCCUGCCCGGAUCCUGCUUUUUCUCGGUUAGCAGUGGAGCAAAAAGUUUCCUGAUGAAUGUGAAUAAGUGCCAAGAUUGCCUUUUGGGUUUCAAUUUAUCAAUGUAUUAUAAAUAAUAACUGGUCAUAGAGCCAUAAAAUGUUCUGAUAAUAUAUAUAUAAUGUACUUUGAAAAGAAAUGUGCCAAACAUUUUCUAUAUGUGUAUAAAA